UCGUGCCGAGGCCCCGCCCCCUGAGCCUGGGUAACGGCGUGCGGAGUUUGUGCUUGGCGAGCUGCUGGACAACAAACGAGUUGGGAUGGCCACCAGCUGGGGGAGCAUCUUGCAGGAUGAGAAGCAGCUUGAAGAGUUGGCGCGGCAGGCCAUAGACCGGGCCUUGGCUGAGGGCGUGUUGCUGAGGUCUGCACAGAAUCCCAGCUCCUCGGACGUGGUGACCUACGCCCCGUUCACGCUCUUCCCCUCACUCGUCCCUAGUGCUCUGCUGGAGCAGGCCUAUGCUGUGCAGAUGGAUUUCAACAUGCUGGUGGAUGCUGUCAGCCAAAACGCAGCCUUCCUGGAGCAAACUCUGUCUAGCACCAUCAGAAAGGAUGACUAUACUGCCCGUCUCUUUGACAUCUACAAGCAAGUCCUGAAAGAGGGCGUUGCCCAGACUGUGUUCCUGGGCCUGAAUCGCUCAGAUUACAUGUUCCAGUGCAGUGCGGAUGGAUCCAAAGCCCUGAAACAGAUUGAAAUCAACACCAUCUCUGCCAGCUUUGGGGGCCUGGCCUCCCGGACUCCUGCUGUGCACCGACAUGUUCUCAACGUCCUGAAAAAGACCAAAGAAGCUGCCAAGAUCCUCUCCAAUAAUCCCAGCAAGGGCCUGGCCCUGGGGAUCGCCAAAGCCUGGGAGCUCUAUGGCUCAGCUAAUGCUGUGGUACUACUGAUUGCUCAAGAGAAAGAAAGGAACAUAUUUGACCAGCGUGCCAUAGAGAAUGAGCUGCUGGACAGGAACAUCCAUGUAAUCCGGCGAAGAUUUGAAGAUGUUGCUGAAAGGGGUUCCCUAGACCAGAACCGAAGGCUGUUCAUGGAUGACCAGGAAGUUGCUGUGGUUUACUUCCGAGAUGGCUACAUGCCCAGUCAGUAUAAUCCACAGAACUGGGAAGCACGCUUACUGCUAGAGAGAUCAUGUGCUGCCAAGUGUCCGGACAUUGCCACACAGCUGGCUGGGACCAAGAAGGUGCAGCAGGAACUGAGCAGGGUGGGCCUGCUGGAAAUGCUGCUCCCAGGCCAGCCUGAGGCUGUGGCCCGUCUCCGUGCCACCUUUGCUGGCCUCUAUUCAUUGGACAUGGGUGAAGAAGGGGACCGGGCCAUUGCUGAAGCCCUUGCUGCUCCUAGCCACUUUGUGCUGAAGCCCCAGAGAGAGGGUGGAGGUAAUAACCUGUAUGGGGAGGAAAUGGUACAAGCUCUGGAGCAGCUGAAGGACAGCGAGGAGAGGGCUUCCUACAUCCUCAUGGAGAAGAUUGAGCCUGAACCCUUUGGGAAUUGCCUCCUGCGGCCUGGCAGCCCUGCCCGCGUGGUCCAGUGCAUCUCAGAACUGGGUAUUUUUGGAGUCUAUGUCAGGCCUCUGCUCAAGGAUCACUUGGAGAAGCCUUCUCUGACCACCCGAGGCACUAUCUCACUGUUUUCUUCACAGAACUUAUCUCUACCUGUGACUAAAUUGUAACCAAUAAAACUGGUUUAUUGUCUGGCCCCUCCUUACUAAAAUGUGAGCCCCAUAAGAUAAGAGAACUUAACAGUGUUAUUCACAGUAACAUCCCAUGUGCUCAUUAGAUCAGUGCCUGGUCAUAGUAGGCACCCAAUAAGUACUGAUGAAUGGAUAAACCGGUAGACAGACAAUGGACAAGCAGGCUCCAGACAUGAGGCCAAACAUGACAUAGUAAUACCCAUUUCUACAUGCCCCAUCUCUGUCAACACUAAAAAAUAAGAGCCUGUUUUCCCUAGAAUCUAUUCUCAGAUGGUACCAUGCUGAGAUUCUCCCUGCAACACUCAUUCCUGCUCUUUUAAAAAAAUAUUCUUUAUUAUUUAUAUAUGUGUGUGUGUAUCUAUGUUUGAGUGUGUUCACUUGUGUGUGUGUGUGUCCUCCAAGGAUAGAAGAGGGCAUUAUAUCCCCUGGAGGUAGAGCUAGAGAUGGUUGUGAGCUCCUGGCGUAGGUGCUGGGAAGCAAACUCAGGUCCUCCUGCAGCCAGUGCUCUGAACCACUCAACAAGUGCUGUGAGCCCUCGUCCCUACUCUUCCAGCCAUGCUGUAGCUCUCCUGGACACCAGGUGUGGACAUCGGGGCACCUUCCUUUCUCUACUCUUCACCCCUGGCCAACUCUUCCAGAAAUGGAAAGUGAAGGUAUAUGUUUUGGAGAGAGGGGUUGGGCAGGACAGCCAA